CCCGCUUUGGCCGCGGCCAUCAGGUGGAUUCUCCCAGGCAUUUACAGCGUCUAAGGACAACAAUUCGCCGCUUUCCCCCCCAACAACAGGAUCCAUUUUUUACCACGGAGAAGUUUUAAACCUAUUUGAAAACCCCGUUGAGCCUAACGUUUCCAGUGCGAAGGUUGAAACAAGCCGGGACAGAGUUCCCUGACAUGACAACUGCUACUUGUCCCCUGUCGGCUACCAUGGUAACCAGCCGUACACCCUAGCUGACUUCCUGGUCAGACAGGAAGUGAGGGCUGCAGAGGAGGGAGGAGUGAUUCGGCCCAGCUCCAAACACCACAGAAGAACCAUGUAGUGGCCCUCUUCACACCAAGGGGGGUGGGAUACAUUUUUGUAUUUUUUAUACAUUAUAUAUAUAUUAUAUAUAUAUAAUUUUUGUACGUUUUCUUGUGGAUGAGUUUUUGAAGAAGAGAGAGAUGGCCGUGCACGCCUCUCCCUACCCCAGUGCCUUGCUCUGCUUCAUGGACGGCGUGUCCUGGGCCUUCAUCUUCCCCUGUUACUGGCUCCUGGACCGGCUGCUGGGCUCCUGCGUGCCCACCACCCUGGAGAAGAGGCGGCGCUCCCAGGACCCCUGCUCCUUCUCCUCCCUGAGCGUGGUGGUGCUGGUGCCCCUGUACCUGGUGCUGCUGCUGGCCUCCCUGCCCUUCGCCCUGCUGGGAUUCCUGGUCUGGGCGCCCGUGCAGACGGCUCGGCUGUCCUACCUCUACACCCACCAGCCGAUCAGCGACAAGCAGCGCGCGGCGGAACAGGGCGCGGGGCUGGUGCCGGGCGAGUGGCGAGCCCAGGGGCGGAGUUUCUGCUUCAGCAGUGCGAACGUGUGCCUGCUGCCCGACGCUUUUGCUCGCUUCAACAACCUGGCGGACACGCAGUCGCGUGCGGUGGAGGUGGGCCGACGCAUCCGCAACGGGGCCAGCCGCCCGCAGAUCAAGAUCUACAUCGACUCCCCCACCAACACCUCCAUCAGCGCGGCCUCCUUCAGCAGCCUGGCCACCCAGAACAACGCCAGCGGCGGCGGGGGGUUCAGGCGCACCUCCUCCCUGGACCAUCGGCCAGAGCCAGAGCACUCUGAGCAUGCAGCUGACUGUCCAGCACACCAGGUGUCCAACUGCCCCGCCCAUUCAUCACCUGUGGCCUCCCCCUCCUCUUCCCCUGGGUCACGUGACUGCCCUGCUCACCCGUCAGCAGCCACGCCUCCCUCGUCUGGAUCGCCCAAUGGCCACACUCAUCACCACGACUGUCCGGCCCACCCCUCUGGAACCCCAGGCUCCACCUCCAACUCUCCUCAGAAAGUUCCGGAAUGUCUCCUGCAUUCAUCCAAUCAGGACCCUCACGACUGCCCUCUUCACUCCUCGAGUCAGCAUACAGCAGACUGUCCCGCGCAUUCCACCGUUCACAAUGGUCCAGACUGCCCCCUGCAUACGUCCGAUCAGAACGCACCAGAAUGCCCAAUGCAUUCCUCCAAUCAGAGCAGCCCAGAAUGCCCCAUGCACUCCCUCAAUCACAACGCAAUGCACGACUCCUGUCCUAUGCAUUCCACCAAUCAAAACGCUCCGGCAGACUGUCCCAUGCAUUCCGCCAAUGAAAGUGUCUCAGACUGUCCCAUGCAUUCCACCAAUCAGACGGCUCCUACAGACUGUCCCAUGCACUCCUGCGCCAAUCAGAGCUCCAGCCCAGAGUGCCCCGCCCAUCCUUCCGGAGUGCAGAUCAGCAUUAGCGGGCCCGAGCCUAACGGCCGCAACCAGAGACACCACCAUUGCCACGACGCGGACGCCAGCAGCCUGGAGAGCCGCACGGCGUCCCGCGAGUCCCUCACCCGUUUCCACGCCGACAGCAGCGGGGGUGGCGGCAACAUGGCCACCAACAACACGCUGUCGCACCGCAUGUCCGUGCAGAAGCGCCACGCGGGCCGCAAGCGCAGGCACGGGGACGACGGCUUCGACCAUGAGAUCUCGGCCUUCUUUCCCGCCAACCUGGACUUCCUGGCACUACAGGAAGUGUUUGAGGAGCGUGCGUCGGGCAACCUGAGGAGGCAGCUACACCGCUACUUCCCCUACGUGCUGAGUGACGUAGGCCGCUACGCCUGGAAGGGCUGCUGCUCGCGCUUCAAGUUCCUCAACAGCGGCCUGCUGCUGGCCAGCCGAUACCCCUUCCUGGACGCACGGUUCGAGUGCUACCCGAACGGGAGGGCAGAGGACGCACUCGCCUCGAAGGGAGCACUCUUUGCCAAGGUGCAAGUGGGAACAUCCAGCUCGGAGCAGAGAGUAGUCGGCUACAUCACAUGCACCCACCUGCAUGCCAUUGAAGGGGAUGCUGCUGUGCGCUGUGAGCAGCUGGACCUGCUGCUGGAGUGGGGAGCGGAGUUCCGCAAAGCCACGUCCUGCCCCGUGGGGGAGAACGAGAAGGGGCUGGCCGACCUGGUGGCAUUUGACGUCAUUCUGGGCGACCUUAAUUUCGACAACUGCUCCUCAGAGGAUAAGCUUGAGCAACAGCAUGUGCUCUUUACGCAGUAUAAGGACCCGUGCAGGAUGGGGCCAGGGGAGGACAAGCCCUGGGCACUGGGUACCCUACUGGACACAGAUGGGCUUUAUGAUGAGGAGGUCGGCUCACCAGAAAGUCUCCAAAAGGUGAUGGAGAAUGAGGAGGCGAGGAAAGAGUACUUAGUCUACCCCAAAAGCAAAAACCAGUGCCACAGUCAGAAGGGCCGCAAGAUACCUCUCAAAGGCAACGGCCGGAGGAUCGACUAUAUCCUGUACCGCGAGGACGGCGUACAGCCAAACUGGAAAGUGGACAUUGAGGAGUUCAGCUUCAUCACGCAGCUGUCCGGUCUCACAGAUCACCUGUCUGUCGCCAUGAGGCUGGGCGUCGCUACAGGGGAAGAGGAGCCCUAGACACACACACACACACACACACACACACACACACACACACACACACACACACACACACACACACACACUCUGAUCCACAAUACAGGAGAGAUAGACCAUUCAAAGAAGGAGAGAGAAGGGAAAUUCAAGAAGGACAAAAUGAAGUUAAGUAGUGGAAGAAGAAGAGAAAGAAUGGCAAAUGAAGACAAGAGAAGGAACAACAUGCUUACACACACACACACACACACACACACACACACACACACACACACACACACACACACACACACACACACACACACACACACACACACACACACACACACACACACUGCCUUCUUAGUGCAUCCUCAUGGAGACUCUUUCUUUGGGACUUUGUUGAACAUGUGAUCGUUUUGGAUCUCAUAUCUGUAUGGAAUUUUUAAAAACAAACAAAAAAAUAGUAAUAGUUUAUAUAAAUGGCUGAUUUCCUGUACUUUACUCUAUGGACCCGUUAGUCAGGUCUCUCUCUCUCUCUCUCUCUCUCUCUCUCUCUCUCUCUCUCUCUCUCUCUCUCUCUCUUUCUCUCUCUCUCUUUCUCUCUCUCUCUCUCUUUUUUUCAGCCAUCUGUUCUUAUUAUUGUGUCUUCAGGACAGGAUGAGAGAAGGGCAGAGGAGUUGUGCAUCUCCCUGGGGCCUCUGUGUGUGAUCUUAGUCAUGACAGGGGUUACUGUAGGUGGCCGAUAACUAGCCUUGCCUUGCCAGACGUAAGCGGUUCAGUCAAAAAAAAAAAGAUCUCCCUCCACGUUACGUCUGGCCAAGGAGUUCUGGGAGGGGGGGUUGGUUUGGUCAACCAGCCAAUCAGCGCACGGGGGAGGAAUGAGGGAGGGUGGCGCACAUUUCAAUCGUCAAUGAGAGUCGAUCGUCCCCCCCAGUAUGAAUGAAAUAGAGUAUGAGUGUAUGGGAAGAGCAGGCCAGAGGAGAGUAACUGCACUCUUAGCGGGGGUGGCAGCUGAUCUUUGCCCCUAUAGCAGUUGAGGGGACAGGGAAACUACCUGCCCCAGCUGAACCCUCCUCGGCCAUGGAAAGGUGUCAGGGGUAACCACUUAAGCCAUGGGAGAGGGUGAGGGGAGUAACUCCCAGACCUGUCUCUAGGGUGGAGAGGGGUAACUACGGUACCCUGCUUGGCUAAUGUGUCUUUUUUCUAUGUCUUUCUUAAAAGUAUGCUCGAGUUUCUACUUCUGUAUGUCUUGGCCUUUUAAUGGAGUUUAUACCAACCCCCCUCCUUCAAACGCUGCCUGUGUGUGCGGUAUGGGAAGCAUGAGAGUCUGACGGUGAGGUGGGACCGUGGGCCCCUUCAUUUGAACCCUAACCCUACCGCUAACCCCUCUCUACCUGCAUACUACCCCAUCUAGCCCCUUACCUGACACCUCACCCUAUCCCUCCCUACCUGGAUACUACCCCUUACUCUACUUACCGCCCCCCUACUUAACACUCUCCCUGGCUUGGGGAGGGUUGUCCAGAAUUGGGUCCCCCAUUACAUGCUGUGCAUUAUUGUAAGAGAGAAUUUUCAAACAUUUUUUUGUCCUGGUCCAAACGGAAGCUGGCAGUGGGCAUGCCCCCAAUCUACUGUUCAUCCCCCCUGCUACCCACGGCACUAUCCACCUUUUCAUCUGCCUUUCCGCCUCCACCCAACUCAAUCCAUCCUCUCUCCCUACUCCUGACAUAUACACAGGACCCACGGGGGGGUCGUCGACCAUCUUCACCCACCUCAGAGCUCUGGUCACCAUCGCCGACAUGCAUGUCAUCUGCACCCCAUGAUAAUAAUAAUAAUAAUAAUGAUGAUAAUAAUAAUAAUGCUGUCAUGGAAACUGUCUGCAUGUCAAAUGCCAGUCUGAACUAUUCAUACACACACACACACAAACAACAGACCCUCAGACCCUGUUCCCAUUUCAGUACAGAAAUGACAGAACUGCACCUGCAUGCUAAGACACUACAUCUCUCACACUUCCACACACCCAGACACAUGGCUUCACCCAGACAACUGUAUACACGCUGUAUACGUAUGUGCAGUAUGUGUGACUCCAGGGCUCCAAUCUCCAAUAAAGUGCGAGGCGGAGAGGCCCUUCCGUACAAUCUAUUUUUGAUCAUUAAGUAUGAGAAAGUUGAUGUUGAUCAUAACGGCAUGAUGAGCAUAUGCACUGGGACUUAGCCCAGCACAGCACAGCACAGCCCAGGCCCAAUUCAAUCACUGGUCCAAAUACUGUAGGAUCCAGGGGGUCCUGGACAUAUGGUCCACAUAUGAAUCAGGGGCCGCACCACAGACUCCAGGGGCCCCACACUGCUCCACAAAGACUCCAGGGGGCCACACUACGUUCUUUACUCUACAUAGGCCGCCUGCAGGGGGGUCUCAUCGAAGUCCUCAGCCAACCGGACCUGGCACUAAACUGUUGUAGUGUUGAUUCAUUGUCUACUACUCAAUGUUGAAGACUGAAUUGAAGAUGUUUACAUACACAUACGUACUCUCACAUUCACACACAUGUACGCACGCACACAGACAUAUACACACACAAACACAUUUGUGUGCUCUUGGUCAAAGACGAUGCCUGACCGAUGUCUUGUUUUUCCUCUCCCUGCUCUUUCAUGCCCUGUAGCAGAGCUGUCUCCUGGCCUGCAGGCUGAACGCUUUUUAUACUUAACCCGAAUUGUUUCUAAAAUAUAAAUAUGUACUAUUAUUAUUAUUAUUACCUUAUUGCUAUUAGAGUUAUAAUUAUCAUGAUUAUUAUUAUUAUUAUGAUUAUUAUUAUUGUCUUUCUUAAUAUUGGUAGACAUUUUAUCUUUGUGCUUUCUCAAGGAACAAAUGAGUGAAGCUCCUGUAGGCUGUAGUUAGCUAGAUUAGAAUGGAACCCUUGCUAGUCCAACAUCACACAUCACCACAGGACUUACAAUACCAUGGCGUAAUGUAUCUUGCCCUACAUGUCUAUCAUCUUUGGUAGGUAGUUAGACUGAGUAGAACCUUUGGCAGUCUAACCACUGACAUGUACAAGGAAGCUGACAGGGGUAGGGCAAAGUGGUCAAUUUUCCCAGGUUUAGGUAGAGAGGGGGGCCAGUAUUUAUUGAGCGGGGGCCCUUUCAGAAGACUAUAUACAUAGACAUGGAUACACAACAUGUCCAAUGAGUCUAACAGUGAUACCACAGGAUUAGGGGUCAGAGUUCAAAUGUAUUUCAAAGGCCCGAGGUAGAGAGGGGGACUGCUGUUGCAAUGCAUGCAGUGUUUAAACCACGAAGCUCCUCUCUGCACCUCUCCUCUCAACUCUGACACACACACACACAUUUUCUUUCAGCAUCUUUUUUUUGCCUUUUUCAAACUUUGUCAAUUUUGAUGAAAUAUUGACAAUUGGUAUGUUUUUUGUAUAAACAAUUCUUGUUUAAUAAUUCUUUUCUUCCAUUUUUUGUUUACUUUGGAGACGUAAAGCAUUCUAUUGAAGCUCGGUGGCAUGGUGGCACUGGGCACUGAUCGGCAGAGGGCACGGCACAGCCUUUUUGCUCCGCGGUCUAGAUGAAUGGCUUCUGUUAUUCUGCCUUACAAAUUAAAGAUACUAUAU